AUGGGGGGACUGAUGAAGCUGAAUCAGCAUCAUCAUCAUAAUGGAGUUAGCAGCAAUGGGAACAGCAGCAACCGAGGGAAACAGCCAUAUGGGUUGAUGAUAAUCUUGGCAUUUGGAGCUGCCAUAAUUGGAGUUAUGGUUCUCCACAAGGUUAGGGAGAGAAGAGUUAUCAACCUACUUGUUCAGGAGAAAGACAGUCAGCUUUCCAGCCUUCAUCUUCUUCUCCAGAAGGAAAGAGAACAUGCAAGGGAAGCUAAAUGGAAACUUGAAGAGAUGAAAACGAAAUUACAUUCUCUUCGAGCCCAAAAAAGGGGACUUGACAACAGGAUUUCAGAGAUGCAGUCGACAAUUUCUUCCCUUAGAGAAGAACAAAGGACAAUCGAAGCAGCACUGGAUGAAAGGCAAAAUCAGAUCAAGUUGAUGAGAGAAAGAUAUGCAGAGGAUAGCAAUGAAAAUCUUGAAGUUAAAGCCCUAUCAAAAAUGCUACGACAGAAAGAAUCUGAGGUUGAAGACUUGAGGAGCCGUCUUCAAACGCCUGUGAAAGUCUGGUCGGUCAGCACAGAUGAUCCAUCAACUGCAAAUGUAAAUUUGCAGACUGCAACUAGCAUCACAGAAAGGGAAGAUAUACGAGCCACUAAACUGCCAGAAACUAACACUGGGGUGCAAGAAACUGCAAACCAUGAAGCUGAAAGGACUACGAUGGAACUUGCAGAGAGUGAAAGUAAAGCUGCAGAAUUUGCAAAUGAACAAAGUGCUACACAAGGGAAGGACACAACAAAGGACGGAGGAGAAACUGUCAAGAGCGGAGAAAAGCUCACAGCGGAGACAGAAAAGGUGUAUAAUUCUAAAGAGAUCAUCUCCGAACAUGGAAAUGGAAAUCUUGAAGAGAGAAACGCUGGGGAAGAACAUUUCAGUGAUCAAUUGCAAGCUGGGAAUGUUUCAGGCAAUGAAGAGGAAAAGAACUCCACAAAAGUUCACACUGUUGAGGACCAUGAUAAUGAAGGGACAAGAUCUGGAGAUGAAAUUCAUAAAGAGUACUCCACAGAAAAUAAGAUCCUUCAAACUACAGAGGAGGAUCUGCAAGGAAGAAUCUUAAGUUUUCAAGGUGCUGAAAAUAAAGAUUCUGAAUUGAAGUUAGAGCUUUCCAAUCAGCCACUGAUUGGUAGAAACAGGCAGGACGGUGGACGCUAUUUGAGAAAGACCAAAAGAAAGAAGUUGUAUAAAAUUUAUAGAAGUAGGAAAGACAUAGAGAACUCCAUAAAGAACAGCUCAGCAGCUAUUAUCAACGCAACAUACACUGGUGCUGCAGCUGAAAGCAAAUUGGACAAAGACGGAUACCACGGAACAUUAUCUGGUGUGGGAAAUCAUUUCAAGAGUUUGAGUGUUGAAAAUGAUUUGGGUCUAGAGAAUCAUGAGAGAAAGACUGCUGAUGAGCUUUCAAAGGAUGGACUCCGAGGACAGGAAAUAAGGGAACAAGGAGUUGAGCAUGGAGAAGAGCAAAAACUGGACAUGAAAGAACUAGAAACUAGCACCGAGGAAAGUAAAGGUAUUUCACAUGGAAGUGAACUGCUGAGACAUGACAAAGAUGGUCAAGAGUUGAGUAAAGAAGAAAAUGCCACCAUUGCACUGGAGGUGGAGAAAAGAGAAGCAGUAAACACCACAGGCAUAAGCACUUCACUGGAUCACAUUUCCCUGAAGGACACGCCAACAAAUACAACCCCACAUUUGGAGGACGACAUGCUCCUAACUGAGCAGCAAAACAAUUUUGACCCCAAAUAUGAAGCUACACGCACAGAGCAACCAGAAGAAAGGACAGAGACUCGUUUCAAAGCUGAGGUUUCUGAACAAACAGACCCAGUUGACAAUGAUGAUGAACCAGAGAACCUUCAGAUGGAAGAUGCAACACAAACAGAAUAA